AUGUGGCUGCUGCUGCUACUCCUGGGGGACGCGGCGAGCAGAUGUCUCCAUGAUGAGACACAGAAAUCUAUGAGCCUUCUCAGGCCCUCUUUAUCCCAACUUCCCGCCAACUUCCGCUCUUCCUUCCUCACCCUCCCUGACUCCCGCGAUCCUCAACCUCUCCGAAUCCAAACCUGUUAUAUAGGAGACCCUGGAUCAGAAGGAGUGUGGGAUCCCGAGGGAGAUGGGAUGAGAGGGAGAUCCCAAGCAAUGAGUGCAGUGAGAGAGGCCGCUCAACGAAUCCAGGGCAUUCUAGCAGUCCCCCCAGUUCAAGGACCCCUGCUUCUGAGUCGAGACCCUGCACAGUACUGCCAUGCUGUCUGGGGAGACCCAGAGACCCCAAACUACCACAGGUGCAGCCUCUUGAACCCAGGAUACAAAGGAGAGAGUUGCCUGGGAGCAAAGAUCCCUGAUGCCCAUCUCCGUGGCUAUGCCUUGUGGCCAGAGCAGGGCCCUCCACAACUGGUCCAGCCGGAUGGGUCCGGGGUCCAAAAUGCUGAUUUUCUCCUGUAUGUGAGAGUAGCCCACACUUCCAAGUGCCACCAAGAGCCCUCUAUCAUAGCCUAUGCCGCCUGCUGCCAGCUGGACUCAGAAGACAGGCCCCUUGCUGGUACCAUUGUCUACUGUGCCCAACAUCUCACCAGCCCCAGCCUCAGCCAUAAUGACACUGUCAUGGCCACACUACAUGAAUUGCUCCAUACCCUGGGAUUCUCUGGACAGCUCUUCAAGAAAUGGCGGGAUUGCCCCUCAGGAUCCAGUGAAAGAGAGAACUGUUCUACAAGGCAACAAGUGAUAAUGCGAGAUGAAUGGGGACAGCUGCUUCUUACCACCCCAACUGUUAGCCACAGCCUGGCCAAACAUUUGGGAGUACUAGGGGUUUCGCUGGGUGUUCCUUUGGAAGAAGAGGGCCCUUUGUCCUCACACUGGGAGGCCAGGCUACUCCAGGGCUCUAUAAUGACUGCCAUCUUUGAUGGUGCCCAGCGCACUCGACUUGACCCAAUCACUCUUGCUGCCUUCAAAGACUCAGGCUGGUACCAAGUCAACCACAGUGCUGCAGAGGAGCUGCUGUGGGGCCGGGGAUCUGGCCUGGAAUUUGGGUUGGUGACCACAUGUGGGACUGGUUCCUCAGACUUCUUCUGUACUGGCAGUGGGCUGGGCUGCCACUACUUGCACCUGGACAAAGGACGCUGCUCCUCAGACCCCAUGCUGGAAGGCUGUCGCAUGUACAAGCCCUUAGCCAAUGGGAGUGAAUGCUGGAAGAAGGAAAAUGGACUCCCACCUGGGGCUAAAAAUCCUCAUGGAGAGAUCCACCAUUCCCAGAGUCGUUGCUUCCUUGCCAACCUCACUUCACAACCGCUCCCUGGAGACAAAACCAGUCAUCACUCUCAGAACCCACCCCUCAAGGAAGAGGAGCUCACUGGUCGCUGCUACUUACAUCAAUGCACAGAGAGGGGGGCAUACAAGGUGCAGUUGAAGGGAUCACCCUGGGUUCCAUGUCUGCCAGGAAAGACUAUUCAGAUACCUGGGUACUUUGGUCUUCUCUUCUGUCCCUGGGGUCGGCUGUGUCAGACUAACGAAGGUGCCGAUGCUGUUACUUCCCCACCUGUGAGUCUUUCAACCCAAGGCCUGCUAUUCCAGCUGUCUUUAGGAUUAGCUGCGCCCGGAGGGUACACCCUUGGGAAGGAACAGAGAGAAGAGCUGACUGAAGCAGUACUGCAGGCUCUGGGGAGCAGAGCAGGCACUGGCAGGUGCUAUUUCCAUAGCCCAUCGAUUACUGCUAAUCUGAUGUUCACUGUGCAUAUGUGGAAGUCCCCUGGCUGCCAAGGGCCUUCGGUUGGUAUGCUGCACAGGGCCUUGACCCUGACUCUCCAGGAGAAGCCCAUAAAAGUAUAUUAUGGAGGAGCCAGCUUUACCACAGAAGACAGCAAGUUGCUGGUUACCCCGGACUCUAAUCCCUCCAGGAUGCAUCUAGGUCUGCCCACAGGACUCUGCCUAAUAAUGCUUAUCUUAGUGUGUGCACUGGGAACUGUGGCCUAUCAGAAACGAGCUACCCUUCAGGUGGGACCAUCUCCCUCUUACCAUUCACAAGCACUCCCAGGCACAAGGGGCCCAGCUGGAGGAAUAAGGGAGGUAUGAUGUCACUUGGAAUAUGAUAGGGGUUAGCGUAGAUUAUUUCUU